CCAGAGUCAGGCGUGUAAACCAGCCGGAGCGGCGGCGGCGGCGACAGCGGCAGGACCGCCGUGGCGCCGGGAGCAGCGACCCGGAGGAAGCGCGGGGCGACGCGGGCGGCGGAGACCCGGUGACAGCGUGAGAGGUACUAGCUUUUGACAAGUUUGCACCAUGCGUGAGUAUAAGCUAGUCGUUCUUGGCUCAGGAGGCGUUGGAAAAUCUGCUCUGACUGUACAGUUUGUUCAAGGAAUUUUUGUUGAAAAAUAUGAUCCUACGAUAGAAGAUUCUUAUAGAAAGCAAGUUGAAGUAGAUGCACAACAGUGUAUGCUUGAAAUCUUGGAUACUGCAGGAACGGAACAAUUUACUGCAAUGAGAGAUUUAUACAUGAAAAAUGGCCAAGGCUUUGCAUUAGUUUAUUCCAUCACAGCACAGUCCACAUUUAAUGAUUUACAAGAUCUGAGAGAGCAGAUUCUUCGAGUUAAAGACACUGAUGAUGUUCCGAUGAUCCUGGUUGGUAAUAAGUGUGACUUGGAAGAUGAAAGAGUUGUAGGAAAGGAACAAGGUCAGAACCUAGCAAGACAGUGGAACAACUGUGCAUUCUUAGAAUCUUCUGCAAAAUCAAAAAUAAAUGUUAAUGAGAUCUUUUAUGACCUAGUGCGGCAAAUUAACAGAAAAACUCCAGUGCCUGGGAAGGCCCGCAAAAGGUCAACAUGUCAGCUGCUUUAAUAUAUUAGAUGCAUUGUAGCUCUGAGCCAGCAGGUCUGAAGAACUGUUGCGCAAUUCAACAGUGCCAGCAUUCCAACUUUGUUAAACCUACCAACAUCUUAAAUGGACUUUCUGUGGUGGUACCCUUUAAGAGGCGGAUGAAAGCUACUACAUCAGUUUGCACAUUCUGAUCACUUUCCAGUAUCACAAGAGAGAUUUUUACUUAUAUAAUAGUCCUAGAGUAUGCAGCUGGUAAAACCAGAGGCUACAAUCCAGUAUUACUGCUAAGAGACAUUUUUCAUCCACCAAUGUUGUACAUGUAUGAAAAUGGUGUACUGUAUACUUUAACAUGCCCCAUACUUUGUAUUGGAGAGUACAAUAAUGUAAAUCCUAAAAGCACCACUAUUUUAGCAUAAUAAAAGAAAGUCCAAAGAGCUCCUAUAUAGACUACUCCAGAUAACUUCGCUUCUUUGAUACUUGUAGCUUAUUGUAAUUUUUUUUAAGAAAUUCAAGGUCAUUAUCAUUGUAUUGUACAAAUAAGCGCUUUGAUUAACACAGCUAUAUAGUUUUUUUAAUUUUUAAAAAAACCUGUGGAGACAGUGAUCUUGUCUUUAAAAUAUGAUAGUCCUUUCAGUAUAAUGUCUUAGAUUAAAGACAUUGCCUUUAAUAUCUGUUGGGAAGGAAAUGUCCAGACUUUUCAAAUCUUUUAUUAUAUGUUUCCUUUUUUGUUUACAUAGGGAACAAUGUUUAUAGUUGUGUGUACAGUGGGGGUCUACAACAAGAAGUGUAUAUUUUCAAACAAUUUUUUAAUGAUUUAACAAUUUUUGUAAAUCAUUUUCAGGCUUCUGCAGCUGUAGAUUCUCACUGUGAAUCCCUUGCUUGCUCAUGCAUAAGUGUAUUUGCAAUACCAAAUAUACAGGUUUAGUAUUUUUGCCUGUUAGUGGUUGUUUCACAUGUGUAACGUUUUGGUUGAGAUGUUAAAUGGUGGACGAGUACUGUGGAUGUGAAUGUGGGAAGUAAUUUUAAUCAUGUGUAAUUGGUCACAAGGCCUAAGUUGCAGUAACUAUUGCUGUUUUAUUUAACAAUGCCUUGUUGCUUUGUAUGCAUUAACCGUUUGGGUGUAAAGAUUGUGUGUCUAUCCAACAGGGAGCCACAGUAUUUAAAUUGACCAACCUAAUGUUACAACUACUUUGAGGUGGCCAAAUGUAAACUAAAAGCCUUAAUUAAAGUGGUGCAAUUUUGUAUAACUUAGCAUCAGUAGUUCAAUAAAUUUGGAUUGCCAUGCAAGGGCUUGCAUUAUAA